AUUGAGAGCUACGUCCAGCAGGUGCUCCAUGCACGGAAGAAACUGAUCAUGGAGGAAUGGGGUGCUUGCUAUUGUAACACGUCGAAUAAUGACUGUUCGUACGGCGGCGCCCUUCCCACCGCCACACGCAAGAUCAACGUUCAGUGACAGCCUGAGUGUGCAGCCAAUAAGUAUCACGGCUGCCGGCCUACCCUGGCUCUACUUACGCGGAGGUCAUCCCAAACGCAAAUCCAAUUUUGUCCGCCCGCAGUGGGACGGUGACUAUGAAAUCGGGGCUGUGGAUGACCCUUCGUGGAGCACUCUGCAGCAGGCUGCUCGAGACGCACUCAGCGCCCCCGCGGCGUUCGACUUCUCGGCUUAUCUAUUGUAAAUACUCGGGGAUAUUCAAACAUUGCGAAUUCAUUCCGUGGGCUAUGGCAACAUAUUC